AUGUCGACGAAAAAGGUGGUAUCAAGUCAAAGCGUACUCAAGAAAAAAGUCGCAACAACGUCGAAGUUAUCGACUAGAAAACGAGAUGACAGCGUGGAAAGGAGUGUUAUUUCCAAAAAAGAAGUGCCGAAAACGAAUGUUGUUAAAGUUAAUAAAGAAGGAAGAAAGGAUGUCAAGGUUAAAAAAAUCACUCAGGAUACAAGUGCGAGAAAAAAUCUGCCUCACAAAUCAAGUAAAGUUACUCAAGAUGUUAAAUUAAAGGAUACAAGUGUAAGAAAAUCUGCUGUAAAUAAAACAUCCCUCAAAAUGGAAAUUCCAUCAACACCCCCUAGUAAUAGGGUUACUAAAUCACAAUUUUUUCCAAGUAAAAGUUUGUAUUCGAAGGCUAUUAAGACAACCGAAAACAUAUCUACCAAAGAAACCCUUGUAAAACCUAUAAUAGUAAAAAACUCAAAACUUAAACAGGUUAAAGAAAAACCUCAGGAUUCCCCUGAAACUUCUAUAUCGGAACGACCCAGGACGGCAACUCUAAGAAAGGGAAGCAUCGUGAAUGCGAAUAUAGUUGGCCCCGAAGCCCCAAAACAUAAAAAACACCGCGAAAUCAAACCUGAAAGUCCCCAAUCUGAUAAUUACGAAGACGAUUUUGAAUCCUACGACUCAGACUUCGAAGCAUAUUCGUCCUCUUCAAGUGCCAGCGCUAGCGACUUAAACAACGUAUCUUCAGGUAGCGAGACAAGCAUCUCCGACAACACUGAAAAUCAACCAAAAGAGUUCACAUCUACUAGUAAACGUAGUAACUCUGCUGGAACUGAAGACGAGCGAAAAUUGGACUCGGGUAACUUUGAUUUGCCAGAGCAAAAACAUAAACAACUUCUCUAUAAUAUCAAAGAGUCCAUAGAGAAAGAAAAUUCAACGAUUGCUGUCGCAGGAAAUCCAGCUUCACUAUCUGAUGAAGGCUUUGAAGAAGCUAAAUCCUUGCAGUUCAUAAAUUUUGCCGGGGCUCAAGAAAAAUUUAUUAGGAGAAAAUCAGCGCAACUAAGAAGAAAACGCGGUCAAGAAAUACUGAGCAUGAUCAGAAUGGAUACGUACGACUUUACUUUAUUUAAUUUGGAGCCUAUUCCUUACGAGAAGUUCAUACAAACUUACGGUAAAACUAACUCAGCUCAAACUUCCACGCAAACUGGUGAAGAUAACGUUUGCGAAGAAACACAAACUGAUUUAAUUGAGGUUGUGAGUAAAUGGACGCAAUUUCCUAUUAAUUUUUCCAAACACGAUCAGACGGAUUCACACUUUUGGAAUAUUUACAAAUCCGAUUUACUUGGCGUUGGCUGUGAUAACACUCUUAAAAUUGAUACUAAUCCUAUUUAUGAUAACGACAAACUAGACAGUUUUAUACAUUCAACAGGAAAACUAAUUUUAAGAAUUCAAGAGGAGUCUAUUCGAACCAUACCACAAAUUGUAAACAAUCAAUCGGAUAUACCUUUCAGUGAAGGCACUAUCCAUCUAAAUACAAUAAACGAAAUUUUCAAGGACUGUUCAGUUAAAUGCGCUGCUUUUGCGACAAAUAAUAGCAAUAUGUUUUUGGCUGUGCAUUCAAAAACAAUAAACAAAGUGAAUGAUUUUAAAAGCAUCAUUUCUUUAUGGAAUAUUUCAUAUUCCCAGGAUCCCAAAAACAUUUUAAUAUCUUUUAACGACGUAACAGCAUGCACCUUCGAGUUUGGUAAUUCUGAGUUGAUUAUUGGAGGAACCAAUGAUGGAAGUUUAUUGAUAUGGAAUUUAGAGAGCCAAAACGACUUUAAUACAUUAAUAGGGUGUCCAAAUUUUUCAACAGAUAUUAAUAGUGCACAUAAUUCAAAAGUGGUAGCGAUAGAAUCUCUUACGAAUUAUUGGGAUUCAACUUUAAAUUUUAACAAUAACCAAAGACAGGUAACCCACAGAAAAUUGUCGACAUUAGUUAAAACAAUUCUUUUUCAGAUUUGUAGUUUAGAUGAAGAUGGCGAAAUCAUUUUGUGGAACCUUGUGAAAAAAUCUAAAAAUGAUGCACUGAUUAAAAAUGUUCACAUAUCAUUGACUAAACUUUAUCCCGAUCUGGUUGAUUUAAAAUGUACGGAUUUAAUUAUGGAUAAAAGAACAAUAAACAAUAUUUAUGUGGGUACAAAUUAUGGAAAUAUAAUUAAAUAUCAAUUUAACGGAUCCAAAUCAAAUCCAAAGGAAUUAUUGUCUGAGCUUACCACAGAAGUCAACUGUCUGGAACCAUGUCCAUUUUUGCCCAAUUACUUUUUAGCUGGAUAUAAAUCUGGAAAUAUAAACCUCCUUUUAAAUUCAACUAAAAAACCUUUAAACAUUCUAUCGAACAAUGAGGCUGAUUUUACGAAGCAAAGCGUUCAAGAACUUCAGUGGUCUAGGAAUAGACCUUUUGUUAUCUAUUCGAAGGACGAGACUAAUUCGAUUCACAUAUGGGACCUUGCUCAAAGCGAUAUUUUUCCGGUGUAUUCUAUUCCUUUCAGAAAGGAAAUAACUUGUAUGAAGUUAUCACCUUUAUCAAUGAAUAAUGCCAAAUCUUCAAUGGAGAAAUCUUAUAUGAUUCUGGGAACAUCUGAUGGAGAAAUUCAUCUUCAUGUUCUAAGUGAAGAACAUACCAUUGAAACCAAAGAAAAAUAUGAAGAGGAUAUAAAAACGUUUGUAAAUUAUGUUAAUAGGUUAUAG